AUGCUCCUUGCCGCACUCGCCCUCGUGCUGUUGAAAACAUCCCUCCUCCCCGUCGUCGACGCCGACACGCUCCGCUACGGCAAGACGCCCAACGGCUUCACGGCCCCGGCACGAGGAUGGACCUCGUCGGCGCUCCAAUCGCUCUCCCCCGCCAGCGCCGGAAGAUUGACCCUCAACCAAGAAAACGUGAUCAAGCAAUGCGACGCGAUGCGGCAAGAGCUGGGGGCGUACGGGUACGAGUACUGCUCGCUCGGCGCGGGGUGGUCGCUCGCCGCGUCGGGCGACGAGCAUGGGCGCAUCACGUACGACCCGGACGCGUUCGACCUGCCCGCGCUGGCGGACCACCUGCACGGCGAGGGCGCCAAGCUGGGCGUCUACAUCGUGCCGGGCUUCUUCAGCGCCGACGCCGGCAAGACGAUCGAGGGCACCGACGUCGCCCUCUCGUCGAUUGAGGCCGACGAGGACGAGCCGUGCCGGGCCAUGUCGCGCUGCAAUAUCGACUACAGCAAGCCCGGAGCGCAGGAGUGGUGCGAUUCCAACGUCAAACAAUUCGCUGACUGGGGCGUCGACCUCAUAAAACUGGAUUACGUCACCCCAGGCUCUCCAGGCGCCGGCGCCGACCUCUCCAGCGACAACAGCGGCAGCGUGGCGUGCUACCACAAAGCGAUCCAGCAAUCCGGGCGAGAGAUACGGUUGCACAUCGGCUGGGAGCUGGACCAGAACGCGACCUACUACGACAUCUGGCGGUCAAACGCCGACGCCCUCCGCACCGACCGCACCCCCGUCAACACCAACCUCACGACCCUCACCGACUGGCCCAGCAUCCAACGCGCCACCGAGCGCUACCGGCAAUGGAUCCUCCCGCGGCUUGACAGCGCCGACGAGCUGACCAUCCGCCCGGACCUCGGCGACCUGAUGGUCGGCAACGCCGCCGCGCUCGCCGGCCUGACCGCGCUCCAGCAACGCGCCGCGCUGACGCACUGGAUCGGCGCGGGGUCCCCCUUGCUGCUGGGGACGGACAUGACGGCUCUCGCCAGCAGCUCUUCCUCUUCCUCCGACUCCUCCUCCGACUCCUCCACCCAGCUCCUCCUCGCCGGGCUCCUCCGCAACCCCCUCGCCAACAGCAUCGCCACCCAAUUCACCGCCUCCCACCCCAUGGUCCCGACCCUCGGCAACGCCAACCUCACCCACGGCCGACAACGCCAAAUCUGGCUCGCCGGCCCGGACCCGACCUCUGGCGUCGUCGUCGUCGUCCUGGCCAACUACGGCGCUGCCACUGCCACUGCCGCCGGCGUUGACGACGGCCCGAUCUACGCGUCGGCCGACACGGACGACAACGACAACGACAACGACACCGGCAGCGGCAGCGGCAGCGACGGCGACCAAUCAGCAGUCUUCCGCCUCUCGCCCAAAGACCUCGGUCUCGCGUCGUCGGGCUACUACGCCGUCGAGGACGUGUGGGCGAACGCGACGGUCGACCUGGGCUACGACGACGCGUGGACGUGGACGCUGGACGGGGGCGGCGACGCGGCGCUGUUGCGGCUGACGCCGUCGAUGACGGGAGGGGGGGACGGAAACGACAGUACGGACGCCGCGGAGGCGCAGCAGCAGCAAGGACAAGGACAAGGCAAGCGUGACCACCACCUGUUGUUGAUGGAGCAGUCGCAGAAGGCGUUGUUCGUGCAGUAUCGUGACGGGAACAAUGAUGUGCUGACGUCGGCCGGUGCGGCUUCAGGGCGAGCUGGUGCUUCCAGUGCUGAGCAGACGGAUUCGGCGUCGGAUGCCUCGGCGGCGGGUGGGGGAGGGACGACGGCUUCGUGGGGUAAGGUUUUGUUGUGGGUGGGUGCGGCGGGGCUACAGACGGCAAUGUUGUGGCUGUUGUAG